AUGUCUCCUAAUAUAAUUGAAGCAGAUGCUGUGGUUAGAAAGUACAAGAAGGCAAGAUCAAACCUUGAAACAUUGAAGAGACUUGGAGCUUCCCUUUUACAUGGAGUCGAUGCAACCAAACUGCAACUACAUCCUGAUCUUCAUUUCAGAAGAUUCGACCGAGUCAUCUUCAACUUCCCGCACGCCGGUUUCCACGGCAGAGAGUCUGAUUCCAAUCUUAUUCAGAAGCAUAAGAAACUAGUGUUUGGGUUUUUCCACGGUGCAAGGCAUAUGCUAAGGGCUGAUGGAGAAAUUCAUGUCUCUCACAAGAACAAGGCACCUUAUUGUCACUGGAAGCUCGAGGAGCUCGCUAGCAAAUGCUCUCUUGGUGUUGAUUCGUUGUGUGGCUUUCGACAAGAAGGAUUACCUUGGUUAUGA